AUGACCAACAUGAACCAAAAGCGACAGCGUGUUGCUAGCCCAGUGUCCAGCCCUCGUAUUGAAUGCCGAGCCUCUGAUCCGAGUAGCAAAGAACCUUCUGAUUUGUCAGCAGUAGAUGCUGAACUGUUCAGCAUUAACGACUCUCUACAGAAGGAGGAGACGUCACAAAAACAGACGUGGCAGAUCGGCAAACGCGUGAAGAAGCUUGUGGAAAGCCAUGAAGAUUUGCCCACCGCCAAGAAAUUAGACGCAUAUUUUUUAUGGGGCACGGCAUUGGCUCGAUUGGCAUCCUUAAACGAAGAUUCGACACUGGCGGAAGCCGCAGCUGAUAAGUUUCAGCUCAUGUUAGAGCUAAGUGAAGACAGUGGUGAUGAAGAUGCUGCGGACGCUGCGUUAGGAGCCGUGGGAUUUUCGCUUUGGGGGUCAUCGCUGCUGAUUGUAGCCACAGAGACACAAAAUCGACAUGUCUUGGACGAGGCUCUCAAUAAGUUUCAACGAGCAGUCAAAGUUGAUGGAGGCACGACAUUUGAAACAAGAUUUCAGUACGCAAAAGCUUUAAAAGAGGGAGGAGAUUUGGUCACGUUUCUAGAAAAAGACAAGAAAGAAGAAGGAAAUGCUUACUAUCAGAGGGGAUUAAAGGAAUGUGGCAAGUUAGAGUCGAUAUACAUGGAAGUAUCAGCAAAGCAAGCCAAGCAAUCGCGUGACGAGGAGUGUGAUUAUGAAGACGAUGACACAGUGUUAUGUGAGGAUUUUGCUGAAGUAAAGUUGUUGGAAGCUGUGCUGCAAGGUCUACUAGAAGAUUCUAGCAGUAUUGACGACUUUCAUCGCACAUUUGCAUUAUACCGGGAAGCUAUUUCGCUGAACUCGAGUAGCACCGACGCAUUAAUGGAAAUGACUAAUUAUUUGGCAGCCAGAUGUUUGGUGAGCUCGAUGCAGGGAGUAAAGCCAACUGCUUCUGAGUGGGCCACACUGUUUCAGAACUUGGAGAUCGAGUACAAGACUUUAUUAAUGAGAUGUGGGUUUAAUUUGGAAGACUUUUAUAAAAUUUGCAAGAGAAAAGAGGAUUUACAUGACCGCAAAGAGUCUGUUGGACAGGAAAUUGAUGAGCGGGUUCCAUACUUGUUAAACACUCUUGGAAAAGGCCUUGCAACAUUUGUUCAAGCCUUUCCACGGCUGCAGGAGCAAACGAAUAAACAGAAAAAAAAGAGAAAAAAGUCGGCUGACGCCCGCUUCACUCGUGCAGUUGAAUUGCUUCGCUCGGCUCAUCACUUUCAUGACAAGCUUGGCAGUUAUUACUUGGCAUGUUUGUAUGCAUCCCCGGCUUUCGAAGACGAAAAUCAAUGUCGGACAUGGCUAGAGACAGCUGACAGUUAUGGGGCUUUAGAAGAUGAGUUUGAUGUACAAAUGUUUACGACGAUGAAAGAGAAAUCAUGGUUCAAGCGCUUGAUUCAGCCACCUGAGCAAGUUGACGAGGGCGACGAUAAUGUCGGUCAACAUGACGAAUAG